AUGAAUUGGACAUGCCACAUGCCAAAUCUAAGAGCUUAUUGGGAUAUCGAGAGAGUUUUGUUAAUACCUGCUGCAGGGAAGAUCGCACGUACUGUUCGGGACUUUGACAACCAUGGUACAUGUCUUGUUGCAAAAUUUGAGACGGUGGAUACAUAUUAUAGGCGUUGUAGCAGUGCUAGUUAUGUGGGAAAUGUUUCAGUGCCACUCCUCUGCAUCAAUGCAUUGGAUGAUCCACUUUGUACAAGGGAAGCUAUUCCAUGGGAUGAAUGCAGGGCAAACAAAAAUAUUGUCCUUGCUACCACAGAACAUGGAGGACACCUAUCUUUUUUUGAGGGUUUAAUUGGAGAUACUCUUUGGUGGGUAAGGGCUACUGAUGAAUUCCUCAGUGUCCUACAUGCUAGUCCAUAUAUGCAUAGACAAAACAAGAUACACUGCUCUUCUUUGCACCCUGUCUUAGAAUCUUCAAUUGAUCAGGGCCCAUACCUGAAUGUUAAGGAAGAUGGUAUGGUGGCUGCAAUGGGUGAUGAGCAACAGACUGUGAUAGCAGAAGACUUAUCUGAUAAGCAGCAGAUGAUUCAUGAAAAGAAGAACGAGGAUAUAGUACCUAAUAAUGUAGAGCAGUGUGAAGAUGAAACAGAGUCGAAGACAGAUUCAAUGCAUGGUACUACCGAACCCUUUAAACAAGAUACAGCAAGCAACCUUGAUAUCAUGUAUCCUCAUGAUAUAACUGCUCCUAUGAGUCAAUGCUUAAAUCAACUUUCGCAACAGAAUAGGAGAUCAAUGUGGUUGUUUGCAUACAUUGUGGGUUCAGCUGUUUUCUUUGUCUUCAAGAGGAAGCUACGAAGGUAUCUUUCCAGCAGCAUUGCUUAAAAGAUAGAAACUGCUGUUGGUAAUGUUCAGUGAUCUAUAAGUUCUAUGUAGUAUUUUUUCCAUGUAACUUAUUGUGGACUUCUCAAAAUGAUAAUACAAACGAUAAAAACCUUCAUCUC